AACUGAUCUAACUGCUUGAUAAAGAAGCUCUCAACAGAGCAAUUCCCUUUUUCUUUUCAAGGUGAACAGAGGAAAAGGGUCCCCCAUCCGUGUUCAUCUUCUCUAUUUCCCUUCUUCUACUUGUCUUUUUCCCCCAAAAACCAAAAAUUCCAAAACAAAAACAAGAAUCACAUUUCUCUAAAGCUGUAACUCAAUCUUCAUCUUUUCUUCCUCACGUACCCGCCUUACAUUCAUUAUCGUUUUUCCUUCUGUCAGCAUCCUCUGUUUCCAUAUAUUCCGAAGUUACUUAUGCGAAUAUCUUAUUUCUGUAAAAUUGUCUGUUGCGCGACGAUCUAAGGUUGGAUUUUGUUUCAAUUGUUCAUCCGUUGUUCGGGGAUCCGAUAUUUGUUGAUUGCAAGAUUUAAUUUGAAAUUAUUUAGGGAUUUUCUAAAAUAUUAGUUUUGAACGGUCGUGAAUAAGUAACAGGAGAAUUCGAUUGGAUUUUGGCUUGAAAUUGUUCUGAUUCUCAUUGGUGGAGAUGUCCCUUCUGCCCAAAAGCGACUCGGUUCAAAUCCGGGAGGUUUGGGCUGGCAAUCUGGAUGAAGAAUUCGCAUUGAUUCGUGAAAUUGUCGAUGAGUACCCGUAUAUUGCGAUGGACACGGAGUUCCCCGGCAUCGUCCUCCGGCCCGUCGGCAAUUUCAAGAAUGCAAAUGAUUACCAUUACCAGACAUUGAAGGAGAAUGUCAACUUGUUGAAGCUGAUCCAGUUAGGACUCACAUUCUCCGACGAGAAGGGGAAUCUGCCAACAUGCGGAACCGACAAGUUCUGCAUCUGGCAAUUCAAUUUCCGCGAAUUCAAUCCCGAUGAGGAUGUCUUUGCCAAUGACUCGAUUGAGCUGUUGAGCCAGAGCGGCAUUGAUCUUGUGAGGAACAAUGAAAACGGCAUCGACGCCAGGCGUUUUGCGGAGCUCUUGAUGUCGUCUGGUAUCGUUCUGAACGACAACGUGAAUUGGGUGACGUUUCACAGUGGAUAUGAUUUCGGGUACUUGCUCAAGCUCUUGACGUGCCAGAACUUGCCCGAUGCUCAGGCCGCGUUCUUUACAUUAAUCAAUGUGUAUUUUCCGGUGGUUUAUGAUAUAAAGCAUUUGAUGAAGUUCUGUAACAGUUUGCACGGUGGGCUGAACAAGCUGGCGGAGUUGCUGGAGGUGGAGAGAGUCGGGGUGUGCCAUCAGGCAGGGUCAGAUAGUUUGCUCACUUGUUGUACGUUCAUGAAGUUGAAAGGGAACUUCUUCAGCGGUUCGAUGGACAAGUAUGCCGGUGUGUUGUAUGGCUUAGGUGUUGAGAGUGGAUAAUAGGUAGAAAUGACAGAAAAAUAAAAUAUUAAAAAGAAAAAAGAAUUGCGCAAGUGUAGGUGUUGAUUAAACUACGUAUUUGUGCAUGAUGCACACGCUGAUCUUGUACAACAUUUGAAGUAAUAGUUGUACGAGAUGAAAUUUUUACCAUGUUGUCUACUUCAUUGUCUAAUUACUUGGCCUUU